UCCUUAGAAAUAUUAAAAAAAAAAUCUAACUCAAACCCCAAAAUAAACAACCAUAGUCCGAAACUUGGAUAUCGUAUCGAGGAGCUAUGCCUAUGGUCUCCCAGGAAGAAACCUUAGUGGAAGCGGCGCUCCGAGUUCUGAACACCGCCGACCCGUUCGAGAAGGCGCGACUCGGCGACUCGGUGGCUUCGCGGUGGCUCAAUGGCGACAUAGCAGAACCCUACGACCCUUCCGGCUCCGAUCUCACGCUCCCUGAUCGCCCCGCAAGACUAUCCUCUGUGAAGUUGGUGGCGCCGAGCUUGAUGCCGAAGCUGGGUAGAGCGGGCAGCUUGCAGAGCAGGAUAGCCAUUGUUCAUAGCCUCACUCACACUGAAAGCUGGGCCAUUGACUUGUCUUGGGAUAUAAUAGCACGUUUUGGCAAGCAAGAGUCAAUGCCUAGAGAGUUCUUUACAGAUUUUGUGAAGGUGGCACAGGAUGAAGGGCGACACUUCAGUCUUCUUGCUGCACGGCUUGAGGAGCUUGGUUCUUAUUAUGGAGCAUUACCAGCUCAUGAUGGCCUUUGGGAUUCUGCCACUGCUACUUCCAAGGAUUUACUAGCACGAUUAGCUGUUGAACACUGUGUCCACGAGGCCAGAGGACUUGAUGUGGUGCCUACAACAAUCUUACGAUUCCGCAACAACGGUGAUAACACUACGGCAGAUUUACUAGAAAGUGUAGUUUAUCCAGAAGAGAUUACUCAUUGUGCUGCUGGAGUGAAGUGGUUCAAGUAUCUAUGUGAGAGGUCUAGAAAUCCAGCCUCAGAGCAAGAAGAAGAAAGUGGAAGUGGAAGUAGAACAGAGGAGCAUGAAGCGAUAGCAAAGUUUCAUGCAAUAGUGAGGGCAUAUUUUAGAGGACCUUUAAAACCACCGUUUAAUGAGGCAGCCAGAAAAGAAGCUGGAUUUGGUCCUCAGUGGUAUGAACCGCUUGCAGUUAAAGAGGUUAAUAGUAUACCCAAUUACUAACUUAUGUCCUUAAUUUAAGUAGCAGUUUUUUACUCCAUACUUGAGCUGCUGUAACACAGAAUAGAAGUUUUGAGCCUUUCAUGUUUCAAAGUUUUUGUUUUUUCUUCUCUUUUUCGAAAGACCUUUGUUGCUGGCCGAAAGCAUAAAGAUAAGGUCAACAACUUAUAUGAAUUUUAAACCAUACGUUGAUCAGAAAAAGAUUGAGAAAGAAAAAACAAUUUUAAA